AUGAUGACCAGCACAUCCAACCCGCCAACCAACUUCGCCAUCUCCACCGCCCGCCUUGACAUCACCUACUUUGACCCGACCAGCCCAUCCCACAGCGCCUUCCUCGCUCACCUCUGGAACACCCCCGACUUCAUCGCCACCAACGGCAAAACCUCCAUCACAGACAGCCAUUCCGCCCAGACCUUCAUUCAGACCCGGAUCAUUCCCCAAUACACCCGCAAAGGAUUCGGCCUCCUCCUCGUCAACCUCAGGCCCACCUCCAACUCACCUCUUCAAAACACCCUCCCGAUUGGCACCAUAAGCCUCAUGCAAGGCGAUCCGCCAAAUUGCUACUCUGUACCAGAUGUGGGAUUCGCUAUUCUUCCAGAGCACCAAGGGCGAGGAUACGCGACUGAGGCAGCGAAGGCGGUCAUUUCCUACGUGCAACGCGAGUGGAACGUGCAGGGGGUGUUUGGGUUUUGUGCGCCGGGCAAUAUGCGUAGUCGGAGGGUGUUGGAGAAGAGUGGGCUGGGGUUCAGGGGGGUGAGAAAGUUGAGGGUGUUCGGGGGGAGGGAGAGUGCAGUAUUUGCUUUGGUGGGAAUGGAGGAGGAUUUGGGGGUUUAUGGGAUUGAUACAUAA